AUGCGGACGUGGAUAUCAGACCAGCUGAUCAAGCUGUCGGGCGCCUCGGACCCGACCGUCAUUGACUUUGUCGUCGCGACGGCGAGCAGCUCCAAGUCGUCGGGCCAGCUGCAUGACAAGCUCGCCGGCUUCCUCGACGGCUCCUCCGCCGACAUACGCCGCUUCAGCGAUGAUCUGUUUGCGCGCGCGGGGAAGCCGCCGCCGGCGUCGGGUGUUGGUGCCGCGCCGGCUGCCGCGGGGGGCAAGGCUGCUGGCGCAAAGCCCGCGCGCAAGAAGUACGCCUUGCUGGAUAUGGAGGAGGAUAUGCCGCCGCCCCCGCCUCCGCCGCCGGCGGCGGAGAAGAGCGAGAAGCGCAAGGAGAGGAAGAGGGAGCGCAGUCGUGAUCGUGGCGAUAAGAAGGACAGAGAUGGUGGGCAUCGGGCGAAGAAGCUGCGGAGGCGGGAUGUCGAUGAUAUUGAAGGCCGCUGGGGCGACGAGGAUUAUUUCGAGGAGGAAGAGCAGUUUGAAGAGCCGUCGCCGAAGCGCGCUCGGACGGACGACGGCUCUGCGUCUCCUCGGCCUGCGGAGGAAGAAGAAGAAAUUGACGAAGCGGAGCGUGAUCGAAGAGAGCGCGAAGAGUUCGAGAAGCGGUUGCGGGAAAAGGACGACAAGUCUUCCAAGAAGGUCGUAGAGGACCGGACUGGCGCCAAAGAUGCUGCUCGGAGACGAGCGCUAGCCGACGAUGCGCAAGCACGAGAGGCUGCCCUAGGUGACUUGAGGUUACGGUCGCGGCAAGAAUACCUGAAGAAGCGUGAGACAGAGCAACUCGCGCUUCUUCGGAAACAAGUCGCGGAGGAAGCCGAAGAAGAGCGCAGAGCUGCUCCUGGUGAGUUGAGUCAAGUAGAACUCGACGAGUUUGCGCGCAAUAGGGAAACCUUGAGGCUCGCGGAAGAGCGUCAGCGGGUCGACGAGCAUAUUGACGGCUACGCGCUGCCCGAGGACUAUAUCACGGAGAAGGGCAAGAUCUCGCGGAAGAAAAAGGAAGAGGCGCUCUACAAACGCUAUGUCGACCGCGACGAGUAUGGCAGGGAGAGGUUCGUGACGGAACAGGAAGAGUGGGAGCGCGAGCAGACGGCCAAGGCCAAGGCUCAAAUCCUGCGUCCUGAGCGCGUCAACGAAGGAGACUACGAAUACGUCUUCGACGACACGCAAAAAAUCAACUUCGUCAUGGACCAGGCUCUUCCUGGGCAACGAAAAGGGACGGCGGAGCAGCAGGCGUUUGAGAAACAAAUCACUGCGGCCGAGGCAAAGGCCAAAUCGAUCGAAGAGACGAGAAAAAGCCUUCCCAUCUACUCUUGGAAAGACCAGUUGAUGACGGCCAUCGGGGAGUACCAGUGCGUGGUUGUGGUUGCGGAGACGGGCUCCGGAAAAACCACGCAGAUACCCCAGUUCCUGCACGAGUCGGGCUACACGUCCAAGGAAGAGAACGGGAAGACCAAGAAGAUGGUCGCUUGCACGCAGCCCCGUCGCGUGGCCGCCAUGUCUGUCGCUGCGCGUGUGGCUGAGGAAAUGGGCGUGAAGCUGGGCAAGGAAGUCGGCUACUCGAUUCGAUUCGAGGAUAACACGGAUCCGAAGAACACGAUCGUCAAGUUCAUGACUGACGGUAUGCUUCUGCGCGAGUUCCUCACGGACCCGGGUCUGGAGAACUAUAGUGCCAUCAUCCUGGACGAAGCCCACGAGCGGACUCUCGCUACGGAUAUUUUGUUUGGAUUGCUCAAGGAUGUUGCGAGAGCGCGGCCGGAUCUGAAGCUUAUCAUUUCUUCAGCCACGGUCGAUGCUCAAAAGUUCAGCGAGUACUUCGAUGAUGCUCCCAUUUUCAAUGUCCCGGGCCGUCGCUUCCCUCCUGAAGCCAACUAUCUCGCUGCUGCCGUCACUACUGUCUUCCAGAUCCACAUGAGUCAACCUCGUGGCGACAUCCUCGUCUUCUUGACCGGACAGGAUGAAAUUGAAAAGAUGGCAGAAGAUCUUGCGGAAACUUCGAGAAAGUUGGGUUCUGCUGCUCCAGAGUUGCUCAUCUGUCCCAUCUACGCAAACCUUCCCCAGGAAGAGCAGGCGAAGAUCUUCGAACCCACGCCACCAAAGGCGAGAAAGGUUACGUCUUUGACCAUUGAUGGUAUUGUGUACGAAAACGUGUACAAUCCUCGCACGGGCAUGGAGUCUAGGGCCUCAGCAAACCAGAGAGCGGGCCGUGCCGGGCGCGUUGGGCCUGGACAUUGCUUCAGGCUUUACACCAAGUGGGCGUUUUACAAUGAAUUGGACCCGAACACUACGCCCGAGAUCCAGAGGACCAAUCUUUCCAGCACCGUUUUGUUAUUGAAGAGUUUGGGUAUCAACGAUCUCGUUAGCUUCGAUUUCAUGGAUGCUCCACCUGCCGACACUCUUAUCAGGUCAUUGGAGUUGCUCUACGCUCUGGGAGCGCUGAACGACAAAGGCUCGUUGACGAAACGGGGCCGGCAGAUGGCCGAGUUCCCCGUGGAUCCCAUGGCUGAUCAGCUUCACAUAAUGGCCAUGCUCGGCGAGUCGUCUGCUCUCUUCUUCCGGCCCAAGCAGCAGAAGAUCCACGCCGACUCGGCACGUGCCCGCUUCACCGUCAAGGAGGGUGGCGACCACCUGACACUGCUGAACAUCUGGAACCACUACGUUUGGGCCAAGGAGAACUUCCUGCAGCAGAAGUCGCUGUCGCGUGCGCGCGACGUGCGCGACCAGCUGGCGCGGCUGUGCGACCGGGUCGAGGUGACCAUCACGUCGUGCGGAGCCGGGGAGCUGGUGCCCAUCAUGAAGAGCAUCACGGCGGGCUUCUUCCCCAAUGCGGCGCGGCUGCAGCGCGGCGGCGACAGCUACCGCACGGUCAAGAACGGCAUGACGACGUACAUACACCCGAGCUCGGUGCUGACCAAGACGGGCGACUCGCCGCAGCGCUUCGUGUGCUACUACGAGCUCGUGCUGACAAGCAAGGAGUACAUGCGCAACGUGAUGCCCAUUACGGACCCGACGUGGCUGCACGAGGUGGCGCCGCACUACCACAAGAAGAAGGAUCUGGAAAGCUUGGGGACGGACAAGAAGAUGCCGAAGGGGCAGGGGGCGGCGGGGAGCAAGCUGUGA